CCGAAAUGGUCGCCCAGAUGAACAAUGUUGAAAGGAUUGUCAAAAUUUCUGGGCACUAGUCCACCAGAGGUUGUUGUACCUGAAGAGGAAGUAGAGCCGACGUUCCAGGAAUGGCUCCAGGCCUCUCCCUUCAACAGCAUUUUAAUUGCCAUCAUCUCGGCUAGCCUGACCGUCGCCAUCUUUUUGUCAUUGCUCUACCACUGGAGGACUGAGAUCGCUGUAGAUAGGACCGCGCGGCCUGCAGGCUCGGACAGAACUGAGUCUUCCUCUAGUGCCACCCUGUCUGGCUCGUCUGCUGUCCGGUGCUUCAGUAGCUCCAUCUCUGCUAACGUCAUCAACCCGGCGGGGGAGGGCUCACAGCGAGGGGCGUGGUCUAGGGCAAGACCUUCUGACGUCACCCACGGUGAGGUCAGCGCUGAAGCAUCGGCCUAUGAGAACGUCAUGACGUCAUCAGACGACACCAGCCAGCACCAGACGAGCAGCACGCUGACAGACAACAGGAACUACAAGUACGUGGACAAGGGCGACAACAUCAUCUUAGACAGCGAGCCGACCUUCAGAGUUCACCCUGACCUACUUACUGGCGGGCAGUACCCACGUGAAGUAACCGAAGUGACGUCACCGUACAAAGGUCACACGAGUGAGCACAUAUCAGACGACGAUGACGUCUUUCUGUCGCCUAAAGACGUUCUCUACGUAUCUAGGUCAGUACAGGCGAUUGACCCGGAGAUUACCUCACAAGGUCAAUUGAACCCAAGGUUGGCCUCACAAGGUCAUUAUAACUCGCAGCUAACAUCAGAAAGUCAACAUGACCGUCGUUUGACCUCACAAAGUCACCUUAACCCACAACAGACCUCACAAGGUCACCAAAACCCACAGCUAACCUCCGAAGGUCAAGGUUACUUUAGCCAACCUCCGACCUCACAAGGUCAGGAAAGCGCGGGUCAGAACUCUAGCGUGGUUCGAGCAGACGGUGUGGAGGGGUACAAGAUCAUCCUGCCCAAAGACGACAGUUACAGGGUGAGCAUCACGUGCGUCAGGCUCAGCUCACAGGAACGUCAGGCUAUGCUGGAGGCCCCAUUGGUACCAGACGCCGCUACACCCUGUCACACCGAUACACGAUCACAGGACGCCUAUGACGUCAAGUUCCUCCACAAGUCAGAAAGUAAAAGACGGACAGUUUUGUUUUCCCCCACACGUCAGCGCAGAAUCCUGAGCCGGCGCGACUCUCUCAUCCAGCCCAUACUACCCAGCUACGCGCUGCCUCGUGAGAGACGAGGGCUGGGAUUGGGCCAGCUACGCCUACUGGGCAGGGCCAAUAGGUCUGGACCGGAUGUGACCUACUGCUCUGACGCGGAAGACAGAAGUCAGGAGGCUGACUUGAUCUACGUGGAUAAAAGUCGUGUGGAGAUCCGUGAACUGUCCACCCGCCAGACCGUCGUGUCGUCAUCAUGGAGCAGCUCCCUCACGCAGCAGUCCAAGUCUGACCUUCAGUUGACCUUGUCUGACGAGGCUCUAGAUCAAUAUUUCAAGGUGACAGCGAACAGCUCACGACACCAACAUACACAGGCUGAGCACAGGAGCCGGACAAUGAGCCAUAUCAAGCGCCGCAUUCCUCGGCCCCCACAGCCCAGGCCACACGAGCAAGCUGCCCCAGGCAGAUGGUUGAGUGAAGAGAAAUCGUUUGAAAGUAGUUUGGGGACUGGUUCCAAAAUUUCAGCUAAAACUGGAAGUCAAAUAGCCGGACAGAAGCGCAAGGCACAGAGCUCAUGUUUUAUUGGUUCCCCCGGGAAAUCUUGGAGCCGAGUUAGGAAAGUGAAAGCGGAAGUUAACUCUCGACAAAUUUGCAAAACUGGAAAUGCCGUUCUAUCGUCAACAUCUAGUGGUAUGAGUAUGACGUCCGGAAUAGAGCCUCAGAAACUGAACGUCAACGUGAAGCAGACGGAGGAGCUGCUGCGCAUCACCUACAGGCCUUGUUCGGCUGUCUUACAAACAGAGCACACUGUUCCGACCUUCACCCUGCUCGGCAACAAUGCACAAACCGUUCUAAAAAAUCGAAAUUUCCUUGGGAAUCCUCUCCGAUACACCAGUAGAGAUGAUAUACCUGCUAUUGCCGGUAGAACCGGUGCGAAGAUCUCAAGGAAAGACGCCAACGACAACCAGCAGACAGCCACCAACAUACACGAGUGCUCACACGAGCUGCAUGAGCUCAUGAGAGACACGAUCCGAGACAUGCAGAGGUAUCGUCGUCCUUCACCUUCAGCUGCCCUCACCAACAUGAGCCAGUGUAGAAGCAGGUGUGGGCCCGAUAAAAGAAACAACUCUAACCCUAACUCUUAUUCCAACCAUAAAACUAACCCUUAUACCAACCCUAACACAACCUCUUUUACCAAUCCUAACCCUAAUCCUUAUACCAAUCCUAACACUAACCUUUAUACCAACCCUAACACCAUCCCUUAUACCAACCCUAACACCAACGCUAAUAUCUACACAUACAUGAGCCUACAAACCAAACAGAACAGGAAGCGGAAGUUGACCGAUAUCCCAGAUUCCCCACCUUAUUACGUCACUAAAGUGACGAAGCUAGUAAAGGAAGAAAAGGCAAUUCAAGGUUCAUCGGCUGCAGCGUUUAUUCAAAGUUCUGACAGUAAGUGCCCUGACCGGAAGUUUGAGGGAACAAAUCCCUCCGCCGACCGAACCCAAUCAUCAUGUAGAAAAAGCACAGGUCGGGGUUUGAGGUUCAAUGAACGCUGGAAGAUGAUGCGAAACCCCAUUGGUUCAAUCGCAACCAACAAUCUCUCAAGCACGUCACCUGACAAGCACAGAGACGAACCCAUUCCCCCGGGGAAUUUUAAGGGAACCGAAUCUGGAGACAAACGUUUACAUUUAGUCCAAAGUCGUUCUGACGAAACAGACGAGAGUGACUUAAUGCACAAGACAUGUAUCCGAAAUGUCUCCGCCAAUCGCAGAAACAUCAGGCAGAAAUCAAGUGAGUUGGGCGGCAACAGAAAGAGACGUCAUCAAUAUUUCACGUCUGACAAUCUCUCGCAGCCCUCAGAGCAAACGUCUGAGGGCAGCACAGACACGAGGGAUCUCUCCACCAACCGCGCGACCAGUGACGUGUCCAGCGUACACAGUACACACUCAAAUGCCUGUGCUGUAUGCCAGUACACGUCUCGUCUACUGCGUGAUCCCAGUAAAGACCACGGCAUGCAGGAAACUUGCACAGAAACUGGCACCAUGGUCUCAUCAAGAAAACGCACGAGCAAUCAGCUCAUGGCCAACAAGAUCGUGUAUGAGAAGAGCCCCAUGCAUGACGGCAGUGCUGAACGUAGAAGUCGCUACUUCUGGCAGAAAUCUCCACUCUUCCAGAGCAACGACUCGGCACGGCACCAAACAUCAUUCGGCAGCGCAGACAACAGCUCCCAUAGUCCCUAUGGCUUUUCCAUCACAGCAAUGCAAGGCCAGCGAGAGAGGGGGCGGGCUAGGUCUAGCAGAGACCGCGAGUCUGGGGUCUACCCCAAGAACUUCUCCCUCUCAUCGGAGACCACCAGGCCGUCUGGGUGCAGGUCGCUUCACGCUACAAGCACAGAUGUCAGCUUCUCGCUCUCUCCCUCGUUUGUCAUUGACAGAAACAGCACUGAGGAUAUUGCCCGUCCCCCGGCCAGACACGCUGGGUUGACCUUGAGGACAGAGCCAAGUUCAACCAGCCCUGACCAGUUGAUCUCUUCUAUCGGCAGCCGGACGGACUCCACCGUGAGCACAUACAGGUGCGCACAGUGCCAUAGUCAACUCACGCCUAAAACAAGUUCGUUAGGGGAACGUGAUAGACGCCAGUCAAGAUACCCCAACACAUCGAUACAACCAAGCUCUCACAAGACACAAAAGGACCUUCAUUCUCUGAGACACACAACACAAGGGGACCUGCAGUCUCAUAGACACAAGACACGAGAUGACCUUCACUCACAGUCUCAUAGACACACAACACAAGGGGACCUUCAGUCUUUGAGACACACAACACAAGGGGACCUUCAGUCUCAUAGACACACGACACAAGGGGACCUUCAGUCUCAUAGACACAAGACACGAGAUGACCUUCACUCACAGUCUCAAAGACACAAGACACGAGAGGACCUUCUUUCUUUGAGACACACGACACAAGGGGACCUUCAGUCUCACAGAUACAAGGCACAAGAUGAACUUCAUUCUCAUAGCACAAUGUUAGAUUAUUUAGCCGACAUCCAACGCUUACGCAAUGAGUGUUCCCCGCGUGAAGAGAGAGGUUACCUUAGCAGGAAGGAGAGCUAUAUGAACACAAAGGAGUGUGUGGGACCCAGCUACAUCAAAGUAGAGACGGAUGCCAAACACAAACUGGGUCCUCGUUUUCUCAAGGUACAGACAGAUAGAAAGCCAUGGCAGACGAGAAAGUACUUCGCUGAGGUUUGUCACGAUUGCGCCAAGGAAAGUCGUCAUGGGAUGUACCCAAAGCUCCAGGGCCACAGCGUGUCUGACACCACAGUGUUCACAAGUCGCAAGACCAGCUCAUCCAUCCUGCAUGACCUCAAUAAAAGGCAUCCGACCAAGGCGAUUCACAGCGUGAUGACGUCAUCACUCCCGUCCUCACCCUCCUAUAACCACUACGCAUGUCCGCCUCUGAUGUGCCACGCGUCACCGACCAUCUUCUCGGGCAAGUGCAGCAACGUUUCCAGCGCCACAGAUCUCUACAUCCUGCAGGUGGAGCAGAGCUCUGCUGCAAGUGGACGACAUUUACAACCUGGGCAAGUCACUGGACGAGGCAUACGUCAGAUCGGGGCACCGACCUGGAAGAACAAAACUUCCAAAUUUUUACCUUUAGGUCGCAUACUCGAAACUUGCAGCUUGCUAGGCUCUAGAUCACGUGACUCUGUCGACAGCCAGCAUCCAGGCCUGUGUCUCGCGGCGGAUCCAGCCAGUCAUGCCCAGCACCACGUCACUAAACGUAGCUAUGGUAACAAGCCUGCAUGGGUUCGCCCCAAGACGCACGCUGUGGUGGACUGUAUGACGCACGCUGUGGUGGACUGUGUGACGCCGGUGGGUCAGCCCAACAGUGACUCCUCCCAGUCCGCCAUGUCAUCGCGUCCACAAGCGGUGCCAGAGUGUUGCCCCCUGGGGCCGUCUGAGGUGCCCGUGGGAAGUACACACAACGGCGUCCUGCCAACACUGAGCGCAGACCACGCCCCGUAUCACACUGUUCGCCUGGAGGGGGAGCAGGUUUCCUACAUGGAAAUAUUACCCAAAGGAAGCAAGUCAAGGUCUUUGAAACUUUCGCAGAUCAACGAAACUUUUAUGCCUGGCAUUUUCUGUGCCAAGAAAGCAGAUAAACGAUCGCGACUGCCAAUGAAAACGUCAUCACGCCCUCAAGUCUCACCAUCACGCCCCCAAGCCUCACCAGCAGCCUCUCCGAUCAUGUACAAGCUGGUACUCGUCUCAUCGCAGUCUGAGCUAGAUCGGUCAGGCAAAAUGACGUCAUCGUCUACGGCGUUAGGCCGACAGACAGCAAACCGAAAGUUGAAACAGAGAGACGCGGCUAAAGGUGGCAAUAGACGUGCCGAGAAUGUCGGCGCUGGUCGUUUAGCGAGGGCCACUGUGAGCCAUGAGAGACUUGGCUCUGUCGUCAUACCGCCCACCCUGGUCCAGGUGGGGUCUCGGCUGGCAGAGAUCAGCGGAAAAUGCUCGCCUAAGGCGGUCUCCAAAAAAACUCUUGAUGAUCAAAACUAUUUUUUCGCUAAACUUGAGGCCUGCACUGGGCCAAAGAUUGGGCCCCAGACGAGUGCGGGACCACAAAAGAGCGACUCUUGCCUUGCGGGCAGACCUGUCAACAAGGCGAGGCCACGAGUAUUUUCCUUCGAGCACAUAGCAGAUGCUGAUAGCCUGCCACAAGGCCAGAAGGAUCUUUUAGCUCAGAGUGACUCGUACCCGACCUACCCAGAGCCAGACGGCGAGAAGCAGCACGCAAUGAACACAAUCCACGAGAAGCAGCACGCAAUGAACACAAUCCACGAGAAGCAGCACGCAAUGAACACAAUCCACGAAGACGCCAGGGAGGUUCUCCUUGAGGGUCGGCAGCUGGUCGACAACGAGACGCAGACCGCCAGGGUCAGUGAACCGACGGCCAGCAAGGAGCUGCAGACUGUUGAGCCUAGCCAGCAAACUCUGGGCCUGCCGAACAUCCGGUCAGAAGAAAUGUUUAGGGCUUGUGUGCAGCAGUUCACUGAGACCCUCCGACAAAAGGCGUUUCGUGCAACCAGUGAGGCGUGCACAAACACAGAGCAGAAUGCCGAGAAGCCGCGAUCUGGCUUGAAACCAACACUGGAGGAGCUAGAGGAGGUGACAGAACAUUCCGUCAAGGAACGCUCAAACUACACAGGGAAAAAAACACAACACCGGAAGUCUAAAAGUUUACUUCCGGUUAGACGUAGGCUACAACAGCUUGAUCUGACGGAGGCUAGUCUAAGCAAGUCGUGCCGUGACGUCAUGUCCCAUACCUCUCCAACAGACAACUACGCGGUGCGGCGGUCUCUUAAAACAGACGACAGCCGGAAGUUAAGCUCACGCAGGAAACACAAACGGCUGGACUCACCAGAGUGUGAGCUAAUGUUAAGCUCCCCGUCCAGCCCCCGGCGGGAUACAAGGGGAGACACGCGAGCAUCCAAGCGUCUGUCUACACGCCAUCAGUACGGCGAUAAGAUGGGAACCUCGCCCAAUCAGGCCUCACCUCGACCUUCGAACAGAGAGAAAAGGUCAAGGCCACCUAAAUCGUCACCAAACAAACUAUUUAAAAGUUUAGGGCCAACGCCGAACAAACAGUCCAGAAGGUCAGGGUCGCCUCACGUGACGUCAGACAAGACAGAGACUGCACGUGAUAAAAAAGAUGCGCCGUCCGUGCAAGCCCAUAUGACACAAAAAACUAUUUUAAAACAUGGCGCGCACAAAUCUAGAACAGAACGCAAACGAUCAAAUGACGCUAGGAAAACAUCACAUCCAGAGACUCCGAUCUAUCUCGCUACACACAACCCACCGGCUGUCGAGGUUAGGAGACCCGCAGAGUGUAGCGAGGGUGGGGAAGCUAGUCUCAGGGCCAGUUCAUCUGUACACCUGUCCCACAUUCAGACCCUGCUUACCACGGCGCUCUCAGCACAGAAAGAAAACAGGGAACAUACCGUCAAUAAACCAAGAGACAACAGGGAACAUAGCGUCAGUAAACCAAUAGACAACAGGGAACAUGCCGUCAGUAAACCAAUAGACAACAGGGAACAUGCCGUCAAUAAACCAAUAGACAACAGGGAACAUAGCGUCAAUAAACCAAUAGACAACAGGGAACAUAGCGUCAAUAAACCAAUAGACAACAGGGAACAUGCCGUCAAUAAACCAAGAGACAACAGGGAACAUGCCGUCAGUAAACAAAUUGACAACAGGGAACAUGCCGUCAGUAAACAAAUUGACAGCAAGGAACACAUAGCUUGUCCUGCAAGUUCCAUUUCUGAAAAUAAAAGCGACAAGGAGAUCAAAAUUCAAAUCAACUUUAACUUGGGGAGCUUGAAUCCAGAUGAUAAGCAUGGACUUACGAGAUGUUUGCCCAAACUUUCAAACAGUCGCAAGUCGAAGGAAAAAUCUGGCAACUUUAUAGACAUCAAGCAGUCCAACCUGGAGCUUAAGCGCCUAGCCAAGACUGUAUCAGACCGCCGGAAAUUGCCAGGCAACACAAAGGAAAUAACUGUCCCUAAAGUUCAGAAGCCGGAACUCAGCCCACCGAAAGUCCUCGGCCGACGUGGAGCCGUACACGGCGAGUUCCUCUCAGCCUCUGAGACGUCGCUGAGCAUCGCACGCGACAUGAGACACUUCCGGUCAAGGAAGAGGCGGCACCAGGGUGGCGAGACACUGAACAAGCUACUGGCCUACUCGCAAAAAGCCGCGGGGCGUGAGAAGGAGCCGUGUCCCUUGAACAAAGUGACUAGAAAAACUGACAUCUACAACACACUCUUGUCCGCCCUGCUCCUCGCGCUAAAAACACCGGAGCAGUUAAAGAAGUUCAAGAGCCCGACAUUUUGCGGUCUCUGUCCUACUAGGCUAAGCAAUGUGCAUAAGAAAAACACAAGCAACCAGGUCGAUGGCGGGUCGGGAGAAGGCGGUUUGGUCGUCACUGCCGACAUGAGGGGGAACGUCCGCACCGACCCCAGCAACCACAAGCAUGACGAACGUCUUGGCGCCACAAUUCCGGCUAACCAUUUGACCAACCAGUUGAACAACCAGUUGACCAACCAGUUGACCAGCAAGAAGGUUGACGAGACGCAGACUUCAAGAAACGUCACUGUCCGAACUGGCUCGAGAAUUCCUGUAUUCAAACCCAAACUACUUGCUAAAAGCCUUUUGAGUGGUGGUCGCCAAAGCAACGGCAAGUCAUUUCAAGCCAAGCCAUUGGCAGGUAAAGCACAUCCGCCUGGGGUGGUCAAACCUUUGGGAGAACAGCACGCGCCAGCACCUUUUGACCGCAGCACAGGUGAGCGCGCUAAACCCGCCAGGCGUGCAAUAAACGUGAGCACGGGUCAACAGAGGGCACGCAACACGCUGCGCCGACUGACGGUCAGCGACACCAAGCCCCAGGGACAGGAACAGAAAAAUGGCUGGGGACUGAACAAGAACAAAGAGAGGGACGGCCCUGCUAGGAAAAAUCGCUUAGGAAAAAACUUGCUGGGUAAAGAAAUGAUGUUUGGUGGCACGCAACGGGCGCCGGUGUGGUCAUCGUCGUCUGGACUGAAACCCAAGGUUCAGACGGGGCCGUACGUGAGCAGCCAGAGGCCCACACAGUUGUGUAAGAGAGGGCUAAUAAACACACCCUCACCAACUGUUCGAGAUGACGUCAUAAAGACAUUCAAACAGGCAGCUCGACGUCAGCAGCCUACAGAAAAUGAGGUUACAAGUUCUCGUAUCUCGCCUCAGCAUAACCCCAAACAUGAGCCACAGAUGAAAAAACAGUCAGAAAAAGAGCAGGAGCCAGUGCAGGUCAAAGGUCAGCCGGCGAUGAACAGCUUGCCCAUCCAGCCGAGCGACGAGUCAAACCAAACCGUUAUGACAAGUAAACCGUCUGACGCAAUGGCCAGCAGACAAUCUGACGUCAUGGCUAGCAGACAAUCUGACGUCAUGGCCAACAGACAAUCUGACGCAAUGGCCAGCAGACAAUCUGACGUCAUGACGUGUAGACAGUCGGACGUGUCCUCUCUCAUCCAACUGAUAAACUUCAGCUUGGAGCACAAGUAUCAGGGCAUGAAGCAAGCGGGCAAUAUCUCCAGCAGGCGGCGGCUCAAACGGGCCAAGGAGAUGGCCCGGAAGUUGAAGCCCAUCCUCAGCACGUUCAAAUGUUUUAACACAAGUGACGUCACCGACCAGAGGAAACAUGAUGACGCAAUAAAAGAGAGGUAUUUAAAACCCAGGUCAAGAGCAAGGGACGAGCGUCGACACACGGACAUCAGGGUUGGCAGGAAAGAUGCGUGUCCACACCAACACACACACGCUGCCGCUAGUUUUUCCUUCGAUGUUUUGAUGAGGGACAUCAAUGAGGGGCGGGAUACUAGGGAUCAUAUCCCAGGGGUCGGGCAGGGCGGUGAGAGAGAUGAAGCGGUGGAGAGAUGUGUCCACAGGGAGGGCAUCAACCAUAAGCCCAUCAGUCACAUAGACAGCGCAAAACACAACAACAAACACAAGGUCGGACUUAAAAGGAAAUUUCGAGCCGAGUCCGAGCCCAUCGGAAGCCGGGACGUCUCGCCCUGCCGGAACUCAGCCUCCAGCCCACAACUCGACACCUCCGAUGACGUGUCCGCCUCCAUCGUGUUCGGCCAACAGUCUUCCAUAGACGGCCAGAAUCACGACAGGCGUGGACUGGCUGGCCGCCAGCAACGAAAUGUCAUCACCAUCGCACGCAAGGCCGUGGGGAUCAAUGUCUUUAGGCCGGGGCCUUACCCAGCAAGCGACGACAGCUACUUUUAGAUCUUGUGUAGUUGCAACGGGCGACCAUUUUAUAUCACGUGAUACACGCGAGCCCUACUGACCAGAGUGGACGCUGGUAUGAUGACGUAUCCCCCUCACCCACAGUUAGACAGACUUGAUCCAACAAGCCGUGUCAUUUAGACACAGACCGACAAUUGAUUCACUAAUAAACAUGCCCAGUGGCUGCUCUAUAUCUGUCUAUUUCUGUCUGUUUAUCUGUGUCUGUUAUGUGUGUGGUCUGUGCCUGUCUAUCUGUCUAUGUUUUUAUCUGUGUCAG